AAUUCAGAAGCACCAGUUUUCCGUGGUCGGUAGUGCCGGUGGUUGAUAUAAGAAGCCCUCCAAGGAUACGUCAAGGAAUUUGUUACAACAGAUUUGAAUAAUAAUUCGGUGAAAAACGGUGUACGGAGAUAUAAUUGCGAUGUGUUACAAGUGGUUGUGAAUUCGUGGAGUGGAUUUCAUCAAAAUAGAGGCAAAUAAUAAAUCAGUUUCGCAUUUGAAAUGCGGGUGCUUGCUGUGGUGGCAGUUUUUACUGCUUUGGUGACAACCACUCACGAGGCACCCCAAGACGUUAUUGGAUACGACACAAAUGACAACACUCGUGAAGCAUAUUUUAAUGGCUCUGCUUUUCUGAGGCUUGCAUCAACUAUUUCUGUACACCGGCACAGUGGGCUGAGUUUUAGAACGUGCGAUGGUGGAAAAUUGUUCACACAACAUUUUGGUUCGGACUUCAUAAGCCUGGAAGUCACUUCGGAGGGAUUGUUGUUCCUGGCUUCUAUCAAUCAGCAACGAUACGAGGCGAAACUGAACGCCAAACUAUUGAAUAAUGCUUGGUAUAACGUGAAUCUGUUAUUCAGGUUGGGCAAUUUCACCCUCAGUGCUGCUGGGCAUACACAGGUGAUUGCCAAUGCCACGUAUAACUCAGCUGUCUUGAUGCUACCAGAAUACGACGAGAACGGACCUCUUAUAAUUGGCGAAGGCUUCAAAGGAUGUAUCUUACAAGGACCUGGUAUUUUAUUCCGACGAAACGAGACUAUCAAUAGCGGAGCUAUUUUCGGAGCAUGUCCUUUGGAAUCCAAAGGCUGUGGUCCACAUAGCGCCGGUGGCCUAGCGGCAUCAACUGUUUCCUCAUCAGACUUCUGCCAUCACGAACCAUGCAUGAUGCAUGGAACCUGCGUCUCUCGACAGGAUCGCUAUGAGUGCCAUUGUUACGCCCGGUACUCGGGCAACAACUGUCAAAUCGAUAAUGGUCCUCCGUGUCUCAGUAGUCCUUGUCGAAACGGUGGGAUAUGCUCUGAAGAUUCAGAUGGCAAUUAUAGCUGUAGCUGCACUCCAGGAUUCACUGGAACGUUUUGUGAAUCGCAGCUAGGAGUCAGUUUGUGUGAACUCAAUCCAUGCAAAAAUGACGGAGUGUGCUUCGCUUUGGCAGAUAGUGAAUACAGAUGUGAGUGUAACCCUGGAUGGUCGGGCAAAAAUUGCGAAGUCAAUAUCAAUGAAUGUGCAUCAAAUCCUUGUAAGCAUGGAGGUACAUGCAUUGAUGGUAUAAAUAAUUAUACCUGUCGUUGCGACAGGACAGGGUAUCGAGGUUUCAACUGUGAGCUAAAUAUCGACGAGUGUUUGCAUAAUCCAUGCUUGAAUAAUGGCGAAUGCUUUGACAAUUAUGGAGGAUACAUUUGCCGGUGUCCUUUGGGCCUUGAAGGUCAGAAUUGUGAACUAAACUUGAAUGAAUGCUUAUCCAGCCCUUGUCUUAAUGGAGGAAGUUGCAUUGACGAGGUUGGCAGUUAUCACUGUAAUUGUUUGCCUGGUUUUACGGGUCCGCACUGUGAAUUACACGGGCUUUGUGAAAAUGCUGCUUGCCCAGCCACUAGCAUUUGUAUCGAAGAUAUCCACGGAGCUCAGUGUGUAUGCAAACCUGGAUUCAUGGGAAUUCCACCAAAUUGUACAGUCAAUUUUUGUGCCAGCAAUCCAUGUACAAACGGAGGUACCUGUUCAAGUAAUAAAGAUGGAUUUAACUGCACAUGCCCCUCAGAGUGGAGAGGAUCAACAUGCACUGCACCUGCUUCUGAUUGGUGCUCGGCAUGUCUGAAUGGGGGUACCUGCAUUGAAACCAUCCGUGGUAUCAUGUGUCAGUGCCCUAGAUUUUGGACAGGACCUCAAUGUGAACAACAAACCACCUGUAGAGACAUGCCUUGCAAGCAAGCAUCUGCUUGCCAUGAUUAUCCAGGCGGCUAUUAUUGCAAUUGUGACCCUGGAUGGACUGGACCAGAAUGCUCGAUUGAUUUGGACGAAUGUGCAAGUGAUCCUUGUCGAAACGGUGCCACUUGCAUCGACGAAAUGAAUAGUUACUACUGCCAGUGUCUGCCUGGCUAUACUGGGAAAAACUGUCAGAUUAACAUUGACGAAUGCCUUUCGCAACCUUGCCAAAACGGAGGAAUAUGCAUCGACCAAAUCAAUGGAUAUUUUUGUAAUUGUACCCGUGAUUUUAUGGGGGACUAUUGUGAACAAGAGUACGACGCUUGUGGUAUCAACCCCUGUAUGAACAAUGGUACCUGCACUCUUGUGGCCAGAUCAAGAAGAGAUUACGUUUGCGAGUGUCUUCCAGGAUUCGAAGGAAAGAUUUGUGAUAUCGAUCUUGAUGACUGUGUCGAUGCCAAAUGUCCGGAUGACCAGAUUUGUAUUGACGGAAUUGCUGGUUACGAAUGUAAAUGUAGAGAUGGAUACAUUGGUCCAAAUUGCACUUUAAUUGUUGAUCAUUGUGCAACGAAACCAUGUAACAAUGGUACCUGCACUGAUCUAGGUGAUAAAUUCAAAUGCGAUUGCAACGAUGGAUAUACUGGAGUGCUUUGUGAUAAAGACAUAGACGAAUGCGAAAUACUGGGGAGUUCCUUGUGUAAUAACGGUAUCUGCAUUAAUAAAGAUGGUGGAUACAAUUGCUUUUGCCGACCCGGGUUCUCGGGAGAUCAUUGCGAUAUGGAUAUUGACGAGUGUUUAUGUAAUCCUUGCAAGAAUAAUGCAACCUGCGUUGACAGAAUAAACUCCUUCGAAUGUCGAUGUCCAUUGGGAUAUUCCGGAAAAACAUGCGACAUAGAUGUGGACGAAUGCGAAAGCAAUCCGUGUUUGAAUGGUGCAACCUGCGUGGAUAACGUUGCAGCGUACAUUUGCGUAUGUUCGAUUGGUUUCACAGGAUACAAUUGUGAAACAAAUAUUGAUGAUUGCAAGUCAUCGCCAUGCCUGAAUUAUGGUGAAUGCAUCGAUGGAAUAAAUAAUUAUACUUGCAAUUGCGCUAAUACUGGGUUUGAGGGCUUUCACUGUGAAUCCAAUAUCAACGAUUGCCUAUCAGCACCCUGUAUGAACGGUGCCACAUGCACGGAUGAUAUAAAGACUUAUAAGUGCGAAUGUUAUACCGGAUACACGGGCCCGAAUUGCGAAGUAGACAUCAAUGAAUGUGAGAGUUCUCCCUGCCAGUUCAAUGGUACCUGUCUAGAAAGAUCAAACAGAGAAUUGUACAAAAGUGACGCUUUAACAUUGCCAGCAAUAUUCACGCAAAACUUUAGUUAUGCAGAUGCUAGUGGGUAUGAAUGCAUUUGCGUACAAGGUGUAAUGGGUCGAAAUUGCGAAACUAAUAUCGAUGAAUGUCAGAGUAAUCCAUGUUUGUCUGGAACAUGCAUGGAUAGAAUUGGUGGAUACAAGUGCGAAUGUGAUGAAGGCUUUGAAGGAGAUCAUUGUCAAAGCGACAUCGAUGAGUGCAAAAGGUAUUCACCAUGCGAACAUGGUAUAUGCACAGAUGGGAGAGCAGAUUACUUUUGCACAUGUGAGCCUGAGUUCGGUGGGAAGAAUUGUUCAGUGCCAUUAAUCGGUUGCCAAGGCAAUGCCUGUCAUAACGGUGGUACUUGUUGGCCAUACCUGAUUGACGAAACUGAGCAUAGGUUCAACUGUACCUGCCCCAAUGGAUUUCAUGGAGAGAUAUGUGAUAAUAUAACGACUAUGUCACUGCGAGGCAGUUCUUAUGUUAUGGUGAACACAACUCGAGAUGAAGGGUACGACAUACAGUUUCGAUUUCGAACGACUCUUCCUAACGGUCUGAUAGCGAUGGGCAAAGGCUCCACAUUUUAUAUCCUGGAACUAGUCAAUGGGAAGCUAAAUCUGCAUUCCAGUAUCUUGAACAGAUGGGAAGGCGUAUUCAUUGGCAGUGGUCUAAGCGACUCUAAUUGGCAUAAAGUGUUUGUUGCCAUAAACACAACCCACUUAGUUCUAUCUGCUAAUGAAGAGCAAACAAUUUAUCCUAUUAAUCUAAAUGAAGGAAACGCUAGUCACACAUCUUUUCCAACUACUUUCAUUGGUGGUACAAUAAGUUAUCUUAGCGGAUUGGCACAUGGCCCACCAUUCUUUGUUGGCUGCACUGAAGAUGUUGUCAUCAAUAGCGAAUGGAUAUAUACUGGACUAACGUCCAAAACGGUUUUCAUGGAAGACGUAGAACCAGGCUGCCCCCGUGAAGAACAAUGUGCGCCAAAUCCUUGUAAAAACGGCGGUCAUUGCACGGACAGAUGGAGAGAUUUCUCCUGCAGAUGUGAGCGUCCGUAUCUUGGCCAUACAUGCCAAUACAACAUGACAGCUGCCACUUUUGGAUAUCAAAAUAUUACCGAUGGUUAUGUGACAGUGAAAGUAACUGAUAUGGCAAGGCGUGCCAUCAGGUCCAUUGUAGAUAUAUCAAUGUUUAUCAGGACCCGACAGGACACAGGCGAUAUCUUUUAUUUGGGAUCUGAAUCUAGUACACAGUUUGAUGGAAAACAAGAAAAACCUUACAUUCGUGCCCUUCUUGAACACGGAGAGUUGUUAGUGAAAAUACAGUUCAAUGGAUCAGAGGCAUACGCUGUCGGCGGUGUGAAAUUAAAUGAAGGAAAUUAUCACUUGAUUCAAGUUGUUAGAAACGUGACUCUGGUGCAAGUUAAAAUAAAUGGAACUGAAUAUUUCCGAAAGACAAUUGGAGCUACAGGGCAAUCGAAUGUGACGGUUUUGUAUUUAGGAGGUUUGCCUCAGACUUCCAGAUACAGUAGACAAGCCGAUAGUCGCCAAAUGGAGGUGCAACAAUCACCUCAAGUCAAUUUUAAAGGCAUAAUACAAGAUGUGCAAAUAUCAAACGGAUCCAAAACCAUGGUAGUUGAGUUCUAUCCACUGACUGCAAAAGAUAUACCCACACCAAUUGAAUUUGGAUCAGUCUCAUUCGACAGGACAAAAGUUUUGGAGGGUGUAGUUUCUGAUCCUGUUUGUACUAGUAACCCGUGUUAUCAUAACGGUACGUGUCAUGUGACAUGGAACGACUUCUGGUGCAAGUGUCCAAGAGGAUACACAGGAAAAAUGUGUCAAGAAAUGGAGUUUUGCCAACUGCAAGAUUGUCCGACUGGAUCUAAAUGCCAAAAUUUAGAUGAUGGAUAUGAAUGUGUGGCUAAUGCUACUUUCAAUGGAAUUAAUGAUAUGUUCACUUACUCAUACAGACAGUCUGAAGAGCAGAAUAUGACAGAAACGAUGAUCGACAGUAUUGAAAUCACAUACCGUUCAAAUACUGGUGGUGUAUUGAUGCAUAUAGCCCCCAAAGAAGGUGGUCAAAGUUUUGCAGUAUCUGUGUUCAGAGAUAACAUAACGAUAUCGUGGAAUUUAGAUACCAGUAAUUACGGGACAUUGUCAUUUGGGAAAAACGAUCCAGAUGGGAAUUGGACGUCAAUUGUGAUUAAAUUAAACAAUGAUUCUAUCGAAUCAGGAUAUGCGAACUCGAAUGAAGAAACAAUACCACAUUAUAGUCCAAACUUUAGUUUUUCCUUAUGGUAUGAACUAUUGUCCAGUGGGACAGUAAGUUUGGGCGGUCUUGCUGGUGAAAUGUCGGACAUCAAUAGUUAUGUAACACUUGGAACAGAAAAUAUCUAUGCAAGUGGAGUUACCAUCGAUGGAAAUUCAGUUGAUUUUCCCCAUCCUAUGCUGACAACUGCAAUCCCACUCCAAAGCAUGAUCUCAGGAGAUGCCUUCAAAGGUUGUCUAGGUGAAGUUAGAAUCGGUUCGAUGCUGUUGCAUUAUUUCAGUUACGAUGAAGUGUAUCGUAACGCUAAUUUCACACCAUCAGAAUAUCUUGCCUUACAAGUAGCAGAUAAUGCGUCAAGCUAUGAAAAUAUUGGCUGUCGAUUAUGUUUUGACAAUGAUUGUCAGAAUGGAGGUCACUGUUUGGAUAAAUCUAAUAGUUAUAUAUGUGAUUGUUUACCUGGUUAUGCAGAGGAUAAUUGUUCUGUGGAUAUAGACGAAUGUGCCGAUAACAGGUGUAAGAAUGGAGCAACCUGCGUGGAUGCUGUGGCAAAUUACAGUUGCGAAUGUAACAAUGGAUGGCAGGGUUGGCAUUGCGAUGAAGAUAUCGAUGAAUGCAUCGGCGUAAAUCCUUGUCAACACGAUGGUAAUUGUGUGAAUCUUCCUGGUUCAUUCUAUUGCGAAUGCUCAGAGCAAUUCACAGGUGAUUUGUGUGAAAGCUUUAAGCUGAUUACAUGUGAAAAUCAACCUUGCAAGAAUGGUUCCACUUGCACUGAUGUAGUAAACACAAAGACUGGGAAGAACUUUACAUGCAAUUGCAUGUCAGGCUACGAAGGAUUGUACUGUGACACUCCAUAUUGUUUUGGUAAUAAGUGUCAGCAUGGUGGAAGUUGCGAUUUUCUCUACCAGACUCCUCGGUGUACCUGUCCUGCUGGUUACAUUGGCGAGUAUUGUGAAACGGAUAAAGACGACUGUGCGGCAGAUGAAAAUGGCAAUUUGCCUUGCAAGAAUGGAGGCAAAUGCACCGAUCUUGUAAACGGUUACACAUGCGAUUGCUUGGGAACAGGGUUUUAUGGUUCUGACUGUUCAAUAGAUGUUGAUGAAUGUACAGAAUCAGAUCACCCUGUAGAUUGCGGGAAUGAAAAAGGGCAGUGCCAUAACUUGCCUGGAAGCUACGAGUGUAUCUGUCAGAUCGGAUAUUGCGGUCAUAACUGUGGGGUUUUGGAUCCAUGUAUUGAAGAACCUUGCCAGAACGAAGGGACGUGCACUUGCCUGGGUGAUUCUGGUUACACCUGUCACUGUACUUCUGAUUAUACCGGACACAAUUGUACAGAGCGUGAGCAUUUUCUGGGUAGUCAAGCACUGGAUAUCGCUGUGAUAGUUGGUCCCAUUGUGGGAUGCUUGCUUUUGAUAGGUGCAGGGUCUUUGAUAGCACUUUUUAUGAUGGCUCGGAAAAAACGUGCAACACGUGGAACGUAUAGCCCGAGUGCGCAGGAGUUCAGUAAUCCUAGAGUAGAGAUGGACAAUGUAAUGAAACCUCCACCGGAAGAAAGAUUGAUCUAGGAUCUAGUGUAUCCAAAAUUCAACGUCAGUUAAACCUAGUCCCCUGAAUAAGUUAUUAACUGUAUUACUCCACAGCCACAAAGAGAUUUUGUAAGCAUUGCUGUUAUCGUGAGAUCGAGUGAAAGUUGAGAUGACUUCCAAAAGCUUAACUGAGUCGCAAACAAUUUCACUUGGUGAAAUGAACAGAAUACAUUCCGUGAUUGUAAAUUUAUGUGUACAUAAAGUAGACAGGCAUUCUUUUCAUCAGAACUCAUGCAACUAAGAAACUGGGUUAAGACGAAAAAUUUCUACAUUGCAUUCUUCAUUGAAUCACAUUUUCACUUCCUCACCAGGCAAAUGUAAGGAAGUUGUGGAUUUCCAGUUAGCUAGAAUAGGAAUAUUAUAGGAUGUUCAGAACAACUGAUGGAACGCAUAUCUUUCAGUCUUCAGAACAUUUAUACGUCUAACACCAGUUGACUGUGAGGCUGACUGAAGAUGUGCAACGACCAGCUGAUCUUGGCUAAAAAUAUGAGCCCAUUCUGUGAACCCAAGUGAGCUUGGAAACAAUUUUGCCGUUUACGAUAAACUGCAUCCAUAAUUGCAGGAAAUUGAAACUUUCUCCUACCUUCACCUCCGCUCGACUAGCGCAGCAAAGCUCAUAAGGCUGGCUAACUUGUAUCAAGUUCACGUAUUUUUUUACUAUCAUUAUCAUGUGCUGCGGAAUGAAAUCUCGAUAUAUCAGGUAUGAAAUAUAGAUAUCUUUUUUAUUAUUUCUGAAUUUGAACAUGGCUCGUUAUAAAAAUGCAAAUUUUCUAUGAUUGGCAAAAAUGACAAUAAUAACAUAGAUCAAUUUUUGUGAACUAGUAUUAUGAAAAAGCAAUGGCAAUGGUAUGCAUCGAUAUAAUUGUGAGUGCACUUUUUGGUUGGUUCGUAUGUGUGCUUAGUAUGAAAUCAACAGUAAUACCCAAACUCAAGAAAUCCAUUCAAAGUGUACUUAAACAAUGAUAAGUGUCCUUAAUAUCGAAUAGUUUAUUCAAUAUCAUUAAGAAAAGCCUCUAAGUAUAAUGUGACCCGUCCAAUUAGUGCCUAAUGUAUUUAGAAACAUUCUAUGAAGCCUCUGUAAUAUACAUAUAUUAUGUGGAGAAAAAUUAUUUUAAUCAUUCCCGACAAUUGACUCAAUUAGAAGAUCUCUGAAGCAUAAUUUGGUGGCUUGACCUAAAUGUGAGCAAUAAAAGCAAAUAUAUAAGUGAAGAAUUAGGAAUACUAAUAUCAUCAACAAUAACAACAAUAGUAGUAGUAAUAACAAUAUCAAUAAGUAUAAUCUAUUUAUAAAUGGUAUGAAAGUACUCAAAUCAUAUAAAUGCAUUUUAUUUUGUCUGACGGGCCUGAGACGUGUUUUGAAACGGCAUUUUGUUAAUUUUUGUAAAUAUUGUAGAUUAUAAGUUAUGAAUAUAGUGAUUUUUUUAUUGAUAAGGUUUCUACGUGUAUGUAGUAUUCGACAUUGAAUGUAUCAUUUGGUAUGUAAAAUUUACCAUGACGACCAAAGUAAUUGUAGUGAAAUCUUUUGUUAACUUGAGCUAAUUUUUCUAGUGCAACAAACUAUAAAUUAAGUGAAAUGUAUAUGAUUUAGGUAAUGAGUGUCAUCGUUGUUAUACAAACAUAACUAACGAAAUUUGUUCUGACCAGUUCUACUGCAACCAGGUAUAGCAUUUUUUUAAUAACUUGGAACUAUUGCAAGUACAGAAAAAAAUCAAUUAUACUUUUCUGAUCCACGUAGUUUAUUUUAACUCCAAGUUACGGCAUUCUUUUCUUUGAGAUCUGAUAUGAUUGAUGGACAUCAAGCUGACUGAAAACUGUAUAUUUCUACUCAAAUGAGAACAGGUGACACUGUAAAAGUCGAGGUAAAAGAGUAGAUAAUUAUCUCCACAAGUUAGACAGAUUCAUCUCUUCUUUUGGAGGCAUGUAAAACCGCAAUUAGAUGUAACAAAAUAAAAUUGUAUACUCAUUUACACGCAAAUGACUUUGUCACCACUUUAGUUUUUGCUUGAAUGUUGAUGGUGCAAAAUUACAGAUGCAAUAACUGAUGUGAGAGGUACGCAAAAAUAAAUGAAAUGAACAUGUAAAAA